UUAGCCAUGUCAAAACAACAGACGAGCUAUUUGACUCAAACUAUGAUCACACAGGGUUUAGAUGAAAUGUUUUGUUCUCUUUAUGUAUAAAAUGCACUCCAGUGUAGUAGUAGAUGUAGUAGGUCUGGUCUCAAUACGGCUUCGUGCGUGUCGGCCUAACAGAUUUUUGAAAUAGCCGACAGUGUAAGAUUAUGAAUAAAGGUUAAAAUAGGCUAAUUGGCGCAUACCGUUAUGUCCACCAGCAACUUACCCCCUCUACGAUAUUUGCCCAGCUGGAGCCGGGUUGGGACUCUCGAUCGAGCUCGUUACCCUCCUAAAUGUUCUUUUGAACGUGAGCAUAAAGCAGCACCAUCAGAUAAACACGUCCACAAGACAACUCAAACCAGUGUAGAGAUGGACACGACCGGGGCAAAAGUAGCCUCACUGGAGAAAGACAUCCUGUUUCUUCAGCAGACGCAUAAAACCACACUGGAGAAGCUGCACGAGGAGAUUGAACAUCUGAAGCGUGCUAACAAAGAGUUGCAGUAUCAGCAGAUUAUGGGACCAUAUCUUCCUCCAAGAGAGCCUAGUCCAUGGGGCACACAGGAAAAGCAUUGCCAGACUGAAGUCAUCAGCUCUAAAGAGAGGCCAAAGACAAGACAUUAUGGUGUAGAACAAAAUGCAUCCAUCAUCAUGUCUCUACUUCCUUUGAGGAUCCUAGACGAUUCAUCCCAUCCUCCACGCUCUCCAACCCUGCAGGAGUGUGAGGACAUGAUUCGACAGCUCUAUAAUGCCAACACCUUGCAGUCUCAGGAGCUGAUGCAGGUAAAGGCUGUUCUCAGAGACUUGUUAAACAAAAAGAAACUUUCACCAGAGAUCUACAAACUAAAGAAGACAAUUUUCUCUGACAAUACGAGAAAUGAAGAGUUGACACACAUUCCAAAAUUAUCUCCUAAGACCUUGCCAAAAAUAUCACAUCAGACCCAGGUGAGUGUGAGAGAAAGGCUUAUUCUGCCUGACAUCAGACAGACCCUAAGCAGCAACCUGACAGAGAGGCAGAAACGUGCUCAGGAUGUUCACAAAAUGCGCCUAAGGAGAGCAAUCUUCCCCUAGCUAUAUAAUAGCUACAUGCAACAGUACAAUUAAUAAAUAAAAAUAGCUUUUAUUGUU